CGUUCCUGGAGAACUGACCACGCCCUCUCCCGGCUCGGCUGACUGCAGUAGUGACAUUGUGCGCGUCAUCAGUGCGCGCCGCCGGAUUGCGUCUCUCCCCAGUGCAUGGACAGGCGGCGAUAGAGGAGACCGGAGCCGGUGUUGCUACGUGGAGACCCUACAGAAUAUUCGCCAGGAUGGUUGUGAACCUCUGCCUUCCUCAGUUUAAGCCAAGAGUAUUUUGCAACAAGAUAAGUGCUGAUGGGUAUGAAGUGGAGAAUCUGGUCUCCGAAGACCUCGCUAAAAGAAAUCGGGGUUUCCGUUGCGAAUAUUUCAUUAAGCCUCCCAUACACAUCACCUUCUCUUUUCCAUUUAAUAUAGAUAUAUGUAGGAUUAAUAUAGACACUUCCUCUGGGGGGCACCAGCAUUUUUCAGGAAUGGACAUUUAUACAGCUACCUCCGCCAACAAAAUGUCUUGGAAUACCCACGAGGCGAGCCAUCCGUCUUUGGUCAGCCAGGCGCUGGACAAAGAGGUCUUUGCUUUGGUGGGGAAAGUCGUGCUUAAAAAUCAAAGCAAGGCUACGUUUAAUAACAGAGGCUUCAAACCACGACACCCGUUCCAUCAGACCGAUAAUGUCAUGUCUUACCAUGGGUCGUCGUGCCAGGAUCUGUGGAAUAAGGGGCUGAACUCGCUAAGUAAUGUUACCCACCUGAAGAUCUGUAUAACGCACGUAGCGGGGGGAACGCCUUGUAGUAUAAAGAGGGUGGAAGUAUGGGGACAGCCUGCAAAGACGAGCCCCAAGGAAGUGGUGGAGAAUGUUUACCAAAUUGCUUGCCUAAGUCUUCCCCAUGGCUUCGGGCAGCAGCAGCAUCCCGCGUCGCCUAUGGAAAGUAACCACAUGUCUUAUAGCAACUCAGAAAAUACACAGCACAGCCUGAGUGAGCUCGCCAAUAUACUCCAAGAUGUCCCGGAGGAGUUUCUGGACCCUAUUACCCUGGAGAUCAUGACUUUCCCUAUAAUCCUUCCAUCGGGGAAAGUCAUCGACCAAAGCACACUCGAUAAAUGCAACCAAAGCGAAUCGUCAUGGGGCAGGAUGCCGAGUGACCCAUUUACGGGUGUUCCUUACUCUCCACACUCCCAGCCUCUCCCCCACCCUUGCCUCAAAGCUAGGAUUGACUACUUUCUCUUACAGCACAAUAUUCCAGGCUCAAACCUCUUAGGAAGAGCCAAAGUUGGUGCGCCGGUGACUGCUUCUGCCAUUACUUUGUCCUCCAUGAAGAGGAAAGUGGAAUGGAUGGAGGAUUCGUCCAAUGAUGGCGACAAAGUAGACACCUACUUUUCAGCGGUGAGCGGCCUCUCGUCUACCUCAGAGUUUGGAAACAAGAAGAUGAAGACUGAAAACGACAGUCACAUGUCCCAGAUGGAUUGCUCCAAUUCAGAGUCAAUGUCCCAUGAACAGAGACUGACACAAAGCCUGGACCAGGCUCUCACCACAGCCCUAGGCUCCAUGCCAUCCUACACUGCAAAGUUUAUGAAGAGUCAGCAGCAAGGCUUUCACAUGGAGAGCGCCGGGAGCCCACCCUGGACCACCACCUCACCCAUUACUGAGCACACGAGGAGCGGCAGCGCGGUUCAAGGCUGCACAUCUUGUAUGAGAACAUUUUCAGCUUACUGUAAAACUGAACCCAUCUACCAGCUUUCCUGCGGCCAUCUCAUGUGUCGCUCUUGCCUGGCCGAAACUCAGAAGUCGCUCUCCGUGGUCUGCAGGAAUUGCAGUCGGACCGUUGCCACCCGUGAUGUGCUGAGGGUCCACCUAUAAGUUGGCGCCUGCACACACCAGAGGAGCCAAUCACGUUCAGCUUCCUUCCGGGAUAUAAUGCUUAAACGGGACACAACUUUUUGCUGCUAAUCUCUACUGACUUCUGCAUAUUUAUUUAGAAAGGUCACAUUAGGAGAUAUAAACGGCGCCGUAGCCUUGGCGUUUCUGCUCCCUCAUAGCUGUGCUAGUGAAAAGUCCAAAAAGAAAAAAAAGUUAUAGGUUUUGUGUUUACAAUGGGAUUCCAUACUGUGUUCCUUUUAAAAUAACAUGGACACCUGCUGGAACCUGAAUUUGGAAUUAAGUGCAAUUGUGUAUCGUGGUCCUCAUGCUUUCCUUCCUCGGUGCCUGGUAUGUUCUCCGCGUGGUUUCCGUAAAAUUAAAUAUGUCAUAACAGCAUACAGGCCUUGUAACGCCAUCUGUUGUGCCCUGCUGGUCACCUGACCACUUCUAUAGUAAUAUAAUGGCUGUACUUGGGCACCCCUUGUGUGCCGGCUGCCCUUGUCUUCCUUUGGUCGACUAAUGUGGAUAAUACAUAAUUUAGCUCCAAACAUAUUCAAGUUAACUGGAGUUGUCCAAUACAUAAAGCAUUGCUUCAUGUAUAAAGUUCCUGUUACAUAAUAGAUCAGUCCUUUAGUUCAAAUACACUUUGCAGUAUGGCUGCCACCAUUCAGUAAUUUAACAUCUCAGGUACUUUAAGAUUUCAGAUUCCCGGGUUGUUCUUUUUCUUUUUGAGUUGCAAAACCGUCUACUAUUACCGCAGUGAUGUAUGGAUAAGAGCAAUCUAACAUGAAAGGAAGUCUCCCAUUUUGUUAAUUUUACAUUGUAUUUCCAUGAGGGCGGAACUUACACUACAUGUCGGGGGUUUCAUAACAUAAUCCACAUAUAUAACAAUUUGUCCAGGGGGUCUGUGGAGCUGAAAACACCGCUAAUUCCUAGUGCUUAAAUCACAUUUAUAUGUAAUGUGAAUUUGAGAGACUUUUUUUUUUUUUUUUUCUAACUUUCCAAUUUACUAUCUAUAUUAUAAAAUAAACCUGCACUCUUGCCAGUGUCAACCUGGACACUGAUCCCAAUAAUAAGCUCACACUUUUGUGUGGAGAAAACCUUUUAGCAGUCUCCUCCUUAUCUUCACAAACAGAAUAACAGCAUAAGGUUGACAUUGGCAGCUAAGGCUGCGUUCACAUCUGCUCCGUCCUAUUACAGUUUUGGUUGCACAACAGGUCUCAUUGAUUUUAGAUGGUGUCCAUCAGGUUUCGGACUGCUGUCUGUUGUUUUAUAUUAGUUAAGGGGGUACUCCGCCCCUAGCAUCUUAUCCCCUAUUCAAAGGAUAGGAUGUCAGAUCGCUGGGGUCCCACUGCUGGGGACCCCCUGGAUCUCCGCUGUGGCACCCCGCUAUCAUUACUGC